UUAGGUCAUGAGUUAUUUCCUGGUGCUCCUUAUAAAUAGGUCAGUUCCAGUGGUGUAGCACUUGAAAUUUCAGUUUCAACAUCAACAUCAACAUAUACAGCAUCACAAUGCUCUUCCUGAAGUUCACUCUACUCACCUUACUUAUUGCAGCACCUGGCUUGCUUGUUUCUGGAGAGAGUGUGAUUACCUGCGAUGGUAAUCUCCAGCACCUGACUUGUGACACUGGACUGAUACUGGUGAAGUCUUCUGUCUAUGGCCGUACAGACCGCCACAUCUGUAAUAUUGAUCGCCCCACUUCUCAGGUUGCUAAUACCAACUGUGCCUUGAAGAUUUCCACAAUCGCAGAUAGAUGCAAUGGACUAAGAGAGUGUGAGUUAAAGACAGAUUUACUUGGCAACCCUGACCCAUGUUAUGGAACAUACAAGUACCACAACACCACUUACGACUGCAUCAAUGGCCGGCUUGUUGUGAUCUGUGAGCAUGGCUACAGCACACUGGACUGUGGAGAUGAUUCUAUUCAGAUCAUAAAUGCGAACUACGGACGUGCUGAUUCUAAAACCUGUUCAAAUGGACUCCCCAGUGGUUUGACCCAGAACACCAACUGUUAUGAAAAGAGAACACUCUCAAUUGUAGCCUCACUGUGUAAUGGACGGAAGAGAUGCACUGUAGAAGCUUCAUACACCAUCUUUACAGAUCCUUGCACUGGGACUGUUAAAUACCUCACUGUGUCCUACAUGUGCACUCCACCUCCUAAGGAAAUUGUGUCCUGUGAAGGCACUACUGCUGUGCUGACAUGUGGUGCUCGCCGUAUAAAGAUCAUCAGCGCUAACUACGGCCGAACUGAUUCCACCACAUGUUCUUCAGGACAACCUGCCAGUUCAAUCAAACACACAAAUUGCUACUUGCCCAGGACACUAAAUAUAGUUGUAGCUAGAUGUGAAGGAAAGAGCCACUGUGAGGUGCCUGCUACAAAUGCUGUUUUCUCUGACCCCUGCUAUGGCACCUAUAAGUACCUCAAAGUAGUGUACUCCUGUGUCUACUCCAACUUUGACGCAUACAGCAUCAUGAUGCUCUUACUGAGGCACACGCUGCUCACCUUGCUUCUUGCAGCCCCUGGCCUUCUUGUCUCUGGAGAGAAUAUGAUUACCUGCUACGGUAAUAUUCAGCGCCUCACCUGUGACACUGGACUGAUAAUGGUGACGUCAACUAUAUAUGGACGUACGGACGGCAACACCUGUAAUACUGCUCGGCCCCCUUCUGAGGUUGCUAAUACCAACUGUGCCUCAAGGAUUUCCACUAUUGCUGAAAGAUGCAAUGGACUAAGAGAGUGUGAGUUAAAGACAGAUUUACUUGGCAAUCCUGACCCAUGUUUUGGAACUUACAAGUACUACAACACCACUUACGACUGCAUCAGUGCCGAGGACACUGUGAUCUGUGAGCAAGGCUACAGCACACUGGACUGUGGAGACGGUUCUAUUGAGAUCAUAAAUGCGAACUACGGGCGCGCUAAUUCAGUAACCUGUGUAAAUGGACUCCCCAAUAGUUUGAUCCAGAACACCAACUGUUACGCUCCAAACACACGCUCAACUGUGGCCACACUGUGUAAUGGACGGAAGAGUUGCACUGUAGAAGCUUCAUACACCAUCUUUACCGAUCCUUGUGUUGGGACUAGUAAAUACCUCACUGUGUCCUACAAGUGCAUUCCAACUCCUAGGGAAAUUGUGACCUGUGAACAUGACACUGCUGUGCUGUUAUGUGGUGCUCGCCAUAUAAAUAUCAUCAGCGCUAACUACGGCCGAACCAAUUCCGCCAUAUGUUCUUCAGGACGACCUGCCAGUGAAAUCAGCAACACAAAUUGCUACACUCCUAGUGCACUAAAUAAAGUUGCAGCUAGAUGUGAAGGACAGAGCAGCUGUAACGUGCCUGCUACAAAUGAAUUCUUCUCUGACCCCUGCUAUGGCACUUUUAAGUACCUGACAAUUGUGUACUCCUGUGUCUAACUGCGAGAGUGCAUAACUACAAAUAUUCUCUUGUCCCUGUUGGUUUUACUGCUGUUGACAGAAUAACUCAAGGCAACCCAGCUUUCUCCCCAGUGGCCUCUUUUCAGUCUGAAGAGGAUGGAGACCAGAUUUUAAAUUUGCAACCGUGAUACAGUGCAGGAGUUUUGGUGGUGGUGUACUUAAUAUUUCCAUGUUAUAUAGUCAACUGCUGUAAUGAUUUUAUUUCUGAGACAUACUUAUCUUUAAUUUAUUAAUGAUUAUGCAAUAAAGUUUCCUCUAAAUGCAAGCAUAA